GCCCCGGCAGUGGUAAUGGUCGAGACGGCGCGGGUGUCCGCCAUGCGGCACACACUUUGGGUUUCUCGCUAUGGUGGCGAGCGAAAUCAACUCGUCGACGACGCCCGCAUACGACGGCCAUGAGACUGCGCGGUCCUCGUCGAUCGUCCUGCAUACAGAACUCCCAGAUGCCGAUGACAAGCGCGACAGCACCCCGUUCUUAUUCAGCCAGCUCGUAUCGAAGAAGCGAUGGCUCAUGGUUGCUGCUGGAUUGGUUUUCGUUGGCGCCACGAUCGCAGUCUUGGCGUCGUCCACGUCCUCCGGCGACGAAGCUAGCCAGGCGUCUGGCGUACGCAAAGAGGACGCUGCAACUCCUGCUCCUGCAGCCGCCUCCAACGACGAAACUUCUGUCUCGUCGAAUGGCCUCGAAUCCUCCGUGCUGUCAGAUGUCGCAACACUAACUCCCGAAUUCACGCCGGUCAAUACAACCAACUCGACGUCCGACGCGACGGUGGGCACCCCCGACCCGACCACGUCAGCACCGACGACUUCGUCGACUCCUGAAACCACCUUGGCGUUGGAAUCGAUUGCUUCCGCCCCCGCCGCUGCUUCGACAACUGCACCUCCCACUGCCCCGCCGACAGCGCCUCCGACGUCGCCGCCCUCCACGCCCCCUCCUGCGCCUCGAUAUGCCUACAAAGACACCAAAUUCGACUGGCUCAACAUCAACGAGUGGCAGGGAGACAACAACUGGUCCCCGCAAUUCGCAGCGGGUGGGUUCAAAGGCGACAAGAUCGAAGUGUCGACGUUUGGCAAGCCUUUCCACCAGUCGCCCGUCUUGCGCACGAAGCGCGGCUGGUCUGGCGAGAAGAUCUGGUUUAUCGAGUGGGUGACGUACCCCGGCUCGGACACAAACAUUUGGGCCCUCCCGACGUCGCUGACGAGUCAGUUUGGCGACCCGCGAUGGCCCAACUGCGGCGAGUACGAUAUCUACGAGAUGUUCAAUGGCGACGCCGCGAUCGGUCACUCGGGGACGAAGAACCACUUUUACGGCGGCGGGCUCGACUCGUUUGGCCAGAGCACCAUGCACAUGGCAUCACCGACAUGCUUUGCGCCGUUCUUUGUGCGCCAACCGUCCGUCGGGUCGCAAGCCGCGCAGUGGCCGGUGCGCUUCCACAGCAAGAUCUCGAUGGCGGUCGUGUUUGGGCGCGACAACAACGGACUCUUCAUCCAGCAGAUCCUGGACCCGACCGUUGUGGACGGCGCCGACGGCACGGCCGAGAUUCGUGGCGGCACCGCCGCCGAAAAGAUUUACAACAACGCCAACACGUACUGGGGCGUGAAACCCGAAGGCGGAUGCGCCGCGGGCCACGACCCGAACGGCGGGUACCCGUUCUUCGGCGAGUUCCGCCUUGUCUUUCAAGAGCAGUUCAAUGGCAAGUUUGACAUCACCAACAUCCGUGUCCUCUCCAAGUAGUUAAUGUAAUACAGUGAUGUUUGUGGGGGUGCGGGCGUGACGAGCGACUGCUAUGGUCGGUCGCG